ACAGCUAGAACUUCAUCGAUCCAGGGGACAAGAUUUACCCAAAAAAAUGCGCGUUUUGCAGCUGUGCCACUUGUCGGCUUCCUAUUCAGCUUGUGUGCUUCAGAGAAGAAGCCUUCCUCCCACUUGCAGAAAGGAGAGUGAGCAGUAUAUAACGAGGGAGGGAUACCACCGCACACACCCUUGUUCCUCAGCUGAUCAAUAUAGAAAGAUAGCCCCUUUCUCUUCUCUCCUUCCUCCUCUCCCCAGAUCACCGAAGACCCCUUUCCUGCUUCUCCGGAACCCGACGUUUCCCGGCGAGACCAAGCGUGACAGCAUUCGUGGGAGAGCUGUAGAUAUGGACGUUGACUUCCGGUCUUCGCGCGUUCACUCCUCCAGGCGCCUCUCUGCCAUCCAAGCUCUCGGGCUUCAUUAUGAUAAUCACAUAGUAUUAGAUGAUUCAGAAGGAGAUGAUGACUUCAGGGCUUUUUUUCCCUGCCCCUUCUGUUACAUGGAAAUCGAUGUAAAUAUUCUCUGCAAACACUUGCAGAAUGAACACUGCUUCGACUUGAAAAAUGCGGUCUGCCCUCUCUGUGCCGCAAAUUUAGGAAAAGAUGCCACCAGGCAUUUCAUAGAACACCAUACUAGUUCGUUUAAGAGGAGGAAACGAUCCAAUAAGUCUGGAUUCUGGACUGCUAGCUCAGCAUCUCUCAGCAGGGAGCUUAGCUCGUUUCUUGGGUCUUCAGCGCAUGUUAAGGGAAAUGUAUCUGAGACGACACCUGAGCCGCUCCUCACACCUUUCCUACACAAUUUUCCAUUCUUAGAUCCCGAUCAAGCUCAACAAGAGGAAGUUGAGGAUGCUUCCUCUACGGAUUCACCAGCAACUUCUGAUGGAAAAAGCGCUUCAUUGGACGAGGGUGAGGGACAAGACUAUGGAACAAGAAUGCAGAGAGCAGCAUUUGUUCAAGAGUUGAUGGCCUCGACCAUUUUCUAAGACUUAUUCUUCUCGUGGGUUUUUCCCCCACUUAUUGUCAGGUGCUAGCAUUUGUGCAUCCUUUACCAAGCAGACGAGCUGUGGGUGCUGAUCCUGGUGCUUGAUAGUUGAAAGUAACUUAUCAAUUAUGUAUCACAUGACAUCUACUCGUGCUAAUUGGCAAUGGCACACGUUAGUAACUAUUUCUUCAGCAAAAGGCAAGUACAUAGAUUUCAUUCGUGUGAAAAGCCUCUUAGAAAACUUGUCCAGCUCCAAAACUAUUCUAAACUAAAUAGCCAUUCUCCAGUUAAAAGUUUUAACCUUUGUCGUGCUGUGGAGGAACUUUCUCCAGUGCCAGGUACGACUCUAACCAAAUACUAGAUUAGUCACUUCUCCACAUAACAAUCAGUGAUUGAAGUAUGUGUAUAACAUUUGCUCUCAAACGAUUCAACAAAAAUUAAGCAAAUUACAGAGGAACCUGUGGGUUUCACCUUGAACAUAAGAAUGUUAUAUGUAUGAGAGCUUAAGGUCAAUAUAUUCCUUGUAGCAAGAGCACAUCCUUGUAACAGCAAUACUGAGAAUUCCUCGUCCCGAACACGUAGAACCAAGCAUCCAAGGCACUAAUUUUAUAAGAGCUUGAAGUUGCUAAGAUAACAGACAGAAGGAUCUCUAUCCCCCAUCAAAAUGCAUGAUGCACCAGAACCAAUGAGCAUAGGCAUUCAAAUGUAUGGUGAACAUUCAACCC